CUAUGAUUCGAACUUCCAAAUUCUAUGUACAAAAGCAAGAAAAAUCUGCACUUAAUUCUGUUUUUUAGAACCGAUCAAUUCUCGAAACGAGAACGAGAUCGCCGGAUUUUAGUAAGCAACUGGCCCCAGGACCCAUCGUUGUCCCGCAGACCGCAGUACAAAGACCAAGAAUGGAUGAAGAUUGUGAAAUAUUGCCUGAUUGAUAUAUUAUGCUUGUUUUUAUUAGCCUUCACGAGCUUUGUUGUAAUUUUUGGUCAUUGUAAGGUUUUGAAAGUCACGAAUUGUCAUUUUGCUAUUCGGUUAUGGUCUCGUGGAUCAAUUAAUUUCGAUGGUGUGGUCAGAUAGACUUUGAAACAUCGAAAGAUAUUGGAUCGUUAUGUCGAGAGCUUCAGAUCAAUAAUGAGAUUAUGAAAAAUUAGCAAGAUCAAUGACAUGGCAAACUUGGUUACAGCAAAUGGCAUAAAUGAGUGUGAUGAGGAUGCCGCUGAUAUUAUUGGAACCCCAUCAACACCAUCUACACCAGGCGAUGAAAAUGGAGAGAAAGGUUUCAUCAGGAGUGACUCGACAUCAAGGUCACCAACCAGAGCUGUCGGAAGGAAAGCGCCCGAUAGAUCGCCGAAAUUUGAUAGGAAGGUGUCCUUAAAGGAAAUGAAGAAAAGUUAUAAACACGAGAAGCGACGUAUGGCAAAGAAAGUGACAAGUACGAUGCUCGAUCCAGCGGUUAUUAUACUGUCAUCGUGGUUAAAGAUCAGAGGAACGUUAAAAAAUUGGGCAAGAUUUUGGUGUUUAGUUAAACCUGGUGCUUUGAUUAUUUACAGAAAUGAUAAGGAAGAACAAUGGGUUGGCACGGUGAUUUUGAAUGGAUGUGAAGUUAUCGAACGACCAUCAAAGAAAGAAGGAUUUUGCUUUAAAAUUUAUCAUCCUUUGCAAAAUUACAUUUGGGCCACAAAGGGUCCGCGAGGGGAAAUUGCGGGUGCAUUGGUUGGCAUCCCUUUGCCGAAAGAUCAUUUAAUACUACGUGCUGCGUCAGAAUCAGACGGUAAAUGUUGGCUGGAUGCUUUGGAGGUUUCUCACAAGCAGGCGUACAAUAUGCACAGAGACAGUAAAGGAAUGGUGAGUGACCUUUAUGGUAAAAUGACGUCAUCCGAAGAUCUGGAUGAGGAGACUGCACAAGCCAUUGGUCAGUUGAGUAUUCGUGAACGAGAUAUUGAUGAAAUCAGCAAUGACGCUAUGGACAAAUCCGACUCUGAAGACGACAUUGGAGAUCAGGAAGUCAAAGGUCAUUCAGACGAAGGUGAUGAAGGACCACAUGUAGAAACAGUUUACGUAGAGGAGAAUGAACCAGAGUACCUUGGAGAAUCGGGUGAAGCAACUGAGGACAUGGAGGAUGAAGGAAAAAGUAUUCUAUGGACUCUGAUGAAACAGGUUAAACCUGGGAUGGACCUCUCCAAAGUUGUUCUCCCAACUUUUAUCCUUGAACCGAGAUCAUUUCUUGAUAAAUUAUCUGAUUUUUAUUACCACGCUGAUAUCCUUUCUAAAGCUGUUAAACAAGAAAGUCCCUAUGAUCGAAUGAAACAUGUUGUCAAAUGGUAUCUCUCUGGAUUUUACAAAAAACCAAAGGGCCUGAAGAAACCUUACAACCCAAUCAUUGGUGAAAGGUUCCGUUGUUACUGGAGUCAUCAGGAGACUGACUCAAGGACAUUUUUCGUUGCUGAGCAGCUGUCACAUCAUCCACCAAUAUCUGGAUUUUAUGUCGCUAAUAGACAGGAUGGUUUUGUUGUCAACGGCUGUAUUUUGGCUAAAUCAAAAUUUUAUGGUAAUUCAACGUCAGCUAUAAUGGAUGGUCUAGCCAACCUCACAUUGUUACCUCAUGGCGAAGAUUACGUCAUCUCAAUGCCGUAUGCUCAUUGUAAAGGCCUUCUCAUCGGCACCCUCACUAUGGAGUAUGGUGGCACAGUGAAGAUUGAAUGCGAGAAGACUGGAUACCACACUGAAAUCGAGUUUAAACUGAAGCCAUUUUGGAAGAAGAGUGGUGAAAGCAACCGUAUCGCUGGUAAAAUCAAGAUGGGGAAAGAAACGCUUUGUAAACUAGAAGGGAAAUGGGAUGGCGAAGUGCUUAUUACCGAUUUAAGAUCUGGAAAUCGUGAGACUGAAGAAGAUUUGUUACCAGACCUCUUUUGGGAGCCAACACCAGACGUGCGCAAUACAAGGUUAAAACGACAUGUUCCGGAUUUAGACAGUCAGGAACAAUUUGAAUCUCAAAAUUUAUGGCGUUAUGUCAGUGAUGCAAUACGUGCGAGUGAUCAGGUGAAGGCAACCGAGGAAAAAUUCAAACUGGAGGAAGAUCAGCGACGCGUUCACCGCGAGCUGAAGGAAAAAUGUGAGAAAUGGAUAACAAAGCUGUUUGAUAGAGAUCCUGCUCAUCCAGAGGCUAUCAAUAAAUAUAUUUAUAAAUACAAGAAUGUUCGCCCAUGGGAUCCCAUAACGGAUUUGCACGAAUACGAACAUGAAUUCAAGAUAAGCACUCGAACUCGUAUCAAGGCUCCAAUGGUGAAACAACAGAGCUUGGUGGCAAUGGAGGUUCAUCCACCUUCCCAAGAUGAUGAUGAUAAACUUUCUCCGCAAUACUUGAAACCGACCGGAACUCGUAGGAAAUACGGUCGUCAGUCGCCGGAUCGUAUGAGUAGCAUGGACGAGGAUGAUGUGUCGUCUUUCGCACAGUGUUUGAAACCAUUACGCGAGUCUCAAGCUGAACUCAAGGAGCAGAUUAGGUCCAUACGCAGCGAUAUGCGACGUUACCAGAUUGCAAAUCGUGAGCAAAUGGCAAGCUUCCACACCAAAGACUGGAUAUUUCUUCUCUUUUUUGUGAUCGCCUUGCUGUGGCAGUGGUAUCAGAGCACUCUAGUAGCAUCAACGCGAAAUACUAUUGAAUAACAAAUCAUAUCACAAAGGUAUAAUAUAUGCACAAUGUUCCUUUAAAGUGGAAGUCCAGCCCGUUUUGCGCGUCGGUUCUGCGAGAGCCCUCUGGUGUAAAAAUUGCCCAGAUUUCCCGUGCUUCAAUUUUUUUAACAUUUUCUAGUUCAUAUUUAUCAUUUAGAAGCGUAGAUAGUUUGGAUAUUCAGAUUAUUUCAGAAAGCAAAUCGUAUUUUAAAAGAGGUUGAAACUUAAAAUGUAAAAAAAGCCGUUUGUUUACAUGCGGACUUCACUUCCACUUUAAUGAAUCGGAUGCGAUAAUACGUGGCCGGACUUCGUGGACGAGAUGUUUCCACCGGCGCUGCCUUGUAUCACAGAAAUGAUUUCUCUUUUGACAAUGUUUAAUGGAAAGUAUGUUACACGACGUUUUAAUGAAUAGAAUAUGUCGGGUAGAAAAAGAGCCUGUCGGUCACUUGACACUUAUUGUACUAUCUAAGAUCUUCGUGCAUUGAUAUUCUACACGGGUUGGUUAUAUGAAAGCUGGACAGCUCUAUCAGAUUGAUCGGGAUUUUUUAAUCGCUCUAAAAUUGGCCGCUGUUUGAUAUAACCUGAAUAAAACUUCAGACUUAGGAUUCUUAAAUUGGAGAAUCUCUUUGAUAAUUACAAGCUUCUAAUCUUUAGUUUUACUUUUUUUCAAGCAAUUUUAAAAUGGCUGUUUUGAAACGGGAUAGCGCUAUCCAGCUUUCGAUGCAACCAGCCCCCGGUGUCUCAAAAAAACUAAAACUGGUAUUUUGAGGUACUCUGUAUUACGAUAAGCAUUGUUAGACAUGCAAAUCAUACAACUUUGUGUCUUUUAAGAGGAACUGAUCCAAAAUUUAUGUAAAAAAUAUAUAUAUAUGUAUGUAUAUACAUAGUUAUGCAAUAUAUAUACAUUAGAAGAAGAAUAUAUAAACUGUAUUUAUCAAAUAGCGAAGAAAUAUUAACGUUAAAUCGUUAGGACAACACGAAUUGUUC